AUGUUGACUCAAAACGAAAGUGCCGCAGAGCAAAGUUUUUCCGAUACUUGCUGCCGAUUGGAAAAUUGUCGCUAUGAAGUAGGCCUGCCUUUGAGACCCAGUAUAAAGGAUUUAGGUGACAGUCAAACGAUAGCUUUGCGUAGAUUUCUACAGACAGAAAAACGACUGAUUCACGACCAAGAUCUUUACGACCAGUACCGAGAAUUCAUGCAUGAUUAUGAAAUCCAGGGCCAUAUGAUUAAGUGUGAUACCAAUUGCUCAGGAGGAUAUUUUCUGCCACACCAUGCAGUGCUUAACUUGGCAAGCACCACGACGAAGCCGCGUGUCGUUUUUGAUGCGUCUGCAGCAGCUUCGCGGGGAGGUUCCCUGAAUGAUCACCUUUACGUUGGCUCAACCAUUCAGCCCAAGCUCGCCGAAAUCGUGCUACGAUUUCGGGUGCCCAAGAUUGUAUUUACGGCAGAUAUUAUGCAGAUGUUCAGGCAAAUUAGAAUCCGAGAAGAAGAUCAGAAGUACCAACAGAUAUUUUGGCGUCGCCAGCCGAACGAAUCUUUAGAGGUGUUCCACUUGACGACAGUACCGUAUGGGACAGCCUGUGCGCCUUUUCUGGCUACAAGAACGCUCGAGCAGCUUUGCAUGGAUGAGAAGGAGCGUUUCCCCUUAGCGUCGAAGGCGGGAACCGAAGAUGUCUACAUGGAUGAUAUCUUGAGUGGACCGAACACGUAA